AUUCCAACACGGCACGAAACUUCUGAGUUCUGUGGAUUCGGUUACUGGUUUGAUUCAUUGGGUUUGGAUUACGUCCCCUCUACUCAAGGUCAAGGAUCAUCGGGGCGGGGCAGGGCAUAUUCGAGAUGGUGGGAAAAUUGAAAAUUUUAGGGCAAAGACGGCGGGAAAGAUCUUCCCUGUUACCUGAGCAUACCGCGCUUCGUUAAAAUGGGAAAGAGGAAGACGGCUAGGGUUUCAGAAGAGGCUUUGGAGAAGGAGGACGAAGAAAUGGAGGAAAAUCAGGAGGAUUUCAACGCGUCUUCCGCCUCUAAGGACAAGAGCUUGUACGAGAUUCUUGGGGUUGACAGAGCUGCGUCUCAGCAAGAAAUAAAGAAAGCUUAUCACAAGUUGGCCCUGCGGCUACACCCCGACAAAAAUCCUGGUGAUGAGGAUGCCAAGGAAAAAUUUCAGCAGCUGCAAAAGGUUAUUUCUAUCCUUGGCGAUGAGGAGAAGCGCGCAGUGUAUGAUCAGACUGGAUGCGUUGAUGAUGCCGAACUGUCUGGAGAUGCCAUUCAAAAUCUGCGUACGUUCUUCAGAGCUAUGUAUAAAAAGGUCUCCAAGGCUGACAUUGAAGAGUUUGAAGCAAACUACAGAGGAUCUGAUGUGGAGAAAAAAGAUUUGCUUGAACUAUAUGAAAAAUGCAACGGCAAUAUGAACAGGCUGUUCUGCUGCAUGAUUUGCUCUGAUCCUUUGCUUGAUUCCCAUCGCUUCAAGGAUAUCAUAGACGAGGCAAUUUCAGCAGGAGAGUUGAAGACGACGAAAGCAUAUGAGAAAUGGACCAAGAAAGUGUCGAAGAUGAAGCCUCCCACGAGUCCACUGAGGCCAAGAAAGAAGUCGAAGGAAAGCUCGGAUCUAUGCGCCAUCAUAGCCAAGCGACAGAGCCAGAGGAGAGGCGAGAUUGAUUCUAUGUUCUCGUCACUUGUUCAAAAAUACGGUGGGGCUGAAUUGUAUCCAGAGCCUAGUGAAGAAGAAUUUGAAGCUGCUCAAAGGAGGCUCAAGAGUAAACCGGCUUCUUCCAAACGAAGGUAACUGCAGCCAUCAUCAUCAAAUUAAUCCUAUGGUGUGAAAAAAGAAAGUAAAUUAUUUAUGUUUGAUAAAAUCACAAAUGUCUGUCUGUCUUUUUAAUUUGGGAUGAUGAACUGAAGCUUGUGGGUGAGGGUGGGGGUGGGGUCAUUGCUAUUUUAGUGGGCAGCUUCGAUGAAAGGGGCUUGCACUGGCCAUGCAUCAAGAAUCAAACUAUAAGAUUUUUCUAUUUUCUUGACCAUGGGUGCAACAAAUGAUGAAAGUGUGUUGUGGAAAUAAAGCAGGGUGGUAUGGGUGAAGGAGGAUUCUUUUGUUGAAAGCAUCAAUGAUUAAAAUAAUAAGUACUUCUUUCUAGCCGUGAGGCAAGGGCAAGAACAAGAACCAUGAUUG